AUGAUUGAUCGUAUACGAAUACCAUUUCGAACUCAACCACAAUUUGAUUCUCCACAUUUAAAAACAAAUUUAUUAAUACAAUUUCAUUUAAGUCGAUUAGAAUUUCCUCGUGUUGAUUAUGUAACAGAUUUAAAAUCAUGUCUAGAUCAAAUUAUUCGUAUUAUACAAGCAUUAAUUGAUUUAUGUGCAUAUAAAGCCUUAUUAAAUCCAUGUAUACUUUGUAUAAAUCUUCUACAAAUGAUCGUUCAAGCACGAUGGAUAACUGAUCCUGAUAUAUUAACAUUACCACAUAUAACAGAUCGAUCAUUUAUUCGUAUAUUUUCAUCUUAUUUAUGUCAAUUAAUUGAUAUUAAACAUGAAACAUUAAUUCAUAAACUUCAAUCACAUUUAACAUCAACACAAAUUAAUGAUAUAUAUGACUAUUUAAUACGUUUACCACAAAUUGAAUUAAAUUAUAAUAUACGUGGUUUUUGGUCAAUAAAUGAAGAAACUCGACAAUUACCAACUAAUGUUCAUGCUGAUCAAGAAUAUACAUUACAAAUUACAUUAAAAAGACUUAAUCGAAUACGAAGAAAUGAUUAUCGUCAAUUAACAACAUCAACAGUUACUAAAUCAAAAGAUGAAUCAUGGAUAUUUGUUCUUGGUAAUACGGAUACCGGUGAAUUAAUAUGUAUAAAACGUUUUAAUCAAAUAAUACGUUCUCAAACAACUGUUUCUUUAUCAUUUGUAACAUCAAAUAUAAUAGGACGACAACGUUUAACACUUUAUUUUUUAUCCGAUGGUUAUUUAGGUCUUGAUCAACAAUAUGAUUUUUUUAUUGAUAUUGAAUCAGCAUCAUUACAAACACAAAUUAAUACAGAAUUAGAUUCAUUAGUUGAUGAACUUGAUCAACGACUUGCAGCUUUACAAUGA